AUGCUGUUCAACCUGCGCGGCAUCGUGCCUCAGAAGGAGGAAAAGGUGAAGAACCAGAUGACACUUGCUGACAUUCUCGCUUUUCGCGACACGUGGACUGCCAUUCCUGAGCCGAACUUCUCGCUAGAGCGCGUGCUGCUGACUGCCCGCCUGGAAAAGCAACGCAAGGCGGAGAUUCCCAAGCUCGUCAUGUCCGAGAAUGGAUUUCGCGUUCGUGACAAGAAGGACAUGGAUGCGUCGGAGCUGGAGCUGCGCCGCGUUCAGGGCUCGCUGAACAAGCUCACCGACAAGAAUUUUGACGCUGUCGUGGAGGAGGCACUUUCGCCCGAUCUGGUGUUGAAUCCGCUGGUGCUAAAGGGUGCGGUGGAUAUCAUCUUCAACAAGGCCAUGGCGGAGCCGGUCUUUUCCGGCAUCUACGCCCAGCUUUGUCAGCGUAUCAAGGUGUACGAGCAAGACCUUGUUGCGGAGGCCGCGGAAAACCCCACGUCCGAGCUUGGCCAGCUCAUGGCAGCGGUACAGGCGGGUGACGAAGAUCCGAAGAACGUAAACGGACGCGUGCGCAACGCGUUGGUGAAGCGCUGCCAAGAGUUUCACGACAGCUUUGUGAACCAGCCGCCACCCCGCAACGCCGAGGCCGAGGAGCAGCUGCGCAAGCGCAACAUGGCGAACAUCAAGUUUGUUGGCGAGCUGUACAUGCGCUCGCUCAUCUCACACCGCGUGAUUCUGGCCGUGUGCUCGACAGCGCUCGUCCUGGGCUUUAUACCGAGUCCGAAGCUGGUCACCACGGACGCCGACCUCGAGAUGAUGGUGAGUCUCAUGAACGUCAUCGGCAAGCGGUUCGACGAAAACGCCGGCAUGGCGCUGAACCACGUGCCGAAGGACGCCGCUGCGGCGGCACACCCGCACGACACCAUCUGGCGCGCGCUGAACUCGUCGAUGAACGACCCUCGUUUCUCGCGUCGCAUCCGGUUCCUCAUUCAGAAUUUGCUGGAGUGGCGCAACGACGGGUGGAAGCCGAAAGAGAGCCCUGCCCAGGGCUCCUCGGGCGGUAGCGCAGACGACAGCAACAGCACAACCAACAACGAGCGCUCCAACCACCGCUCUAGCAACAACGCCUCCAGCCACAGCAACGCCGGUGGCUUUAGCGGACCGAACGAACAGAUGCACCGCAAUGCAGCGCCGAACAACUUCGGCAGCGGGGGCUCGUGGCAGCAACAGAUGCAGCAGCAACACUCCGGUGGCCGUGGCCCCAUCAUGGGGAGCUCUAACGCGGGCGGCAACCGUGGCGGGAUGCGGCCUCCGAGCAUGGCGGACAGAGGCGACGAAAAGUAUGGCCGUAGCAGUGGCCCAGGAGGCCUACGGCAGGACCCGGUCUCGAGCUACAACGACCUCAGCCAAUUUGCAGGCAACAACGACUACAUGAUGCCGCCGCCACCGCCGUUGGGGGCCCCACCGCCGCCCUUUCCAGGGGAGGGUAUGAUGCCGCCGCCCAUGGCACCGCAGGCCGCUUCGGCGUCCGGGUCGCAGAUGAGCGAUGAGGACCGCAAGUUGAUGGCACUGGCGACACCGCCGAAGUGCGUCGACGCUGACCUCAGCUCGCGUAUCCUGAGCUGCAUCCGCGACGCGCACACGGACGGGGACUGGACCGCUGCCGGCAAGGCGAUCGUGGAGGCGGUGCCGCAGGACGCCGCACACAUGUGCCGCAUGUGCGCUGUGUACGUUAUUGCAAAGAAGGUGACGGAGACGUCUUCAGAGGCGGACCGGGAGCUUUUCAUGAACUCGCUCAACAGUGGCAUGUUCGACAUCAAGGAGCUGACGCGCGGCUACUCAUGGUGCCUCACAAACGCUGUGGCGUACAAUGUCAAGGAGGACUUCCCCAAGGUGUACAGCCGCUUCGUGGCGUGCGUGACGGCAACCAAGUCGAUGGACUUCCUGUCGAUGGUGAGUAACGUCAUGGCACGCACGGCUAACUACCUCGACGCGCUGUACGUGCCGCUGGAGGGUGCGCAGAUGGAGUGGGAGGAGGACUUCCUGGAGGUGUGGACGUCUGUGCUCGGCAAGUGGCAGGAGGCUCACCCCGGACACAAGUCUACUGGCAGCGACAUCCUCAACUGCAUCGCAUCGAUCAAGCAGCGGCCCUUCAUGAAGGACAUUGUUUCUGAUUUUAUGAUGGAGCUCAGCCAGCAGGGAUACCUCGGUGAUGCCGGGGCCCAGACUUGGAUUCGCGAGAAUCGGACGAACGAAAAGUACAAGAUGUUCGUGGACCAGAUGGAACAGAUGUACCCCGACACGGCGUAG